AUGCAGUUCAAGAACAUCCUCCUCCUGGCUUCUGCCACCAGCGUCCUGGCUGCCCCGACCACCCUCGAGGCACCAGUCGCCAACGUGGACGCCGGGGCUGCGGCCAUCGAGUUCGGCACCGCCGGCCACGUCGAGGCCCAGAUCGCAGCCGAGGAGCCCAAGCGCAGUCUCGUCGAGCGCCAGGUCAUCUCGGGCGCCAUCAUCGGUGUCCUGACGCCCAUCCUCCAGGACCUUGCCACCAGGGCCGUCAACAAGGCCAUCAAGCAGGCCGGAAUCUUCAUCAAGGACUUGCGCAACUGGACCGCCGCCCGCGAGGCCUUCACCCAGGCCACCGUCCGCGAGAUGUGGUACAACAACCCCGACCCGGCCAAGUACCCCGCCGUCAUCUGCUACAACAAGGGUUACCACCUCGAGAGACCCGAGGGCAUCGCCGGGUGGACAAAGGUCGAGCUCAAGACUGGUCUCCUCCACACCGACUACGACUGCAUGUACAUGGAGGGCAACAACAACUUCUACACCUGGUCAGACGGCGGCUACAUCAACUACGCUUUCGGCAUCGACAGGAACCGCUGCGAGUUUGACCGCUCCACUGGUGAUGUCCUCUGCAGGUAG